CCGGCGCCGCCAUGGAGCUGGAGCCGCCCGCGGAGCUGCCGGAGCCCCGCGCCGCCAGCAAGGGGCCGCCCCGCAGCGCUGCAGAUGUGGAGCAGAUGAGUUCCUCCUCUCCUGUCCUCCCUGUGAACUCCGUGGGCAAUGAGCGGGUGGAUCAGCGAACCUGCCUGAUCUGCGGGGACAGGGCCACGGGGCUGCACUAUGGCAUCAUCUCCUGCGAGGGCUGCAAGGGCUUCUUCAAGAGGAGCAUCUGCAACAAGCGCGUGUACCGCUGCAGCCGCGACAAGAACUGCGUCAUGUCCCGCAAGCAGCGCAACCGCUGCCAGUACUGCCGGCUGCUCAAGUGCCUGCAGAUGGGCAUGAACCGCAAAGCAAUCAGGGAGGAUGGCAUGCCAGGAGGCAGAAACAAAAGCAUUGGACCUGUCCAGAUAUCAGAGGAAGAGAUUGAGAGAAUUAUGUCUGGGCAAGAAUUUGAGGGAGAGGCAAACAUGUCAUGGAGCAACAAUGGAGACAGUGACCAUAGUUCCCCUGGAAAUGGAGUUUCUGAGAGCAACCAGCCUUCACCUGUUUCUACUCCAUCUUCAAGUAGGUCGGUGGAGCUGAACGGCUUCGCUGCACUCAGGGAUCAGUACCUGGGCACGCCGGUGUCCACGCACUACCAGUACCUGCCGCACCUUUUCAGCUACUCGGCGCACUCGGCGCUGGUGGCGCCGCAGCCGCGCAGCCUGGAGCCGCAGUCGCACGGCCUCAUCAGCCAGCUGCUGUGUGCUGAGGACCUGGAGCCCCUCAGCACCCCCAUGCUCAUCGAGGACGGGUACAAAGUGACUCAGGCAGAGCUGUUUGCGCUGCUGUGUCGUCUGGCGGAUGAAUUGCUUUUCAGGCAGAUUGCCUGGAUCAAGAAGCUGCCGUUCUUCUGUGAACUCUCCAUCAAGGACUAUACCUGCCUGCUCAGCUCCACGUGGCAGGAGCUGAUCCUGCUCUCCUCGCUCACUGUUUACAGCAAGCAGAUCUUUGGUGACCUUGCAGAUGUCACCUCCAAGUACUCUCCCUCUGAUGACGAGCUGCACAGGUUCAGUGAAGAGGGGAUGGAGGUGAUGGAGCGCUUGAUCUACCUCUUUCGCAAGUUCAACCAGCUGAAGGUCAGCAAUGAGGAGUACGCCUGCAUGAAAGCCAUCAACUUCCUAAACCAAGAUAUCAGGGGUCUGACCAACGCCUCCCAGCUGGAGCAGCUGAACAAGAGGUACUGGUACGUUUGCCAGGACUUCACAGAGUACAAGUACCCCCACCAGCCAAACCGCUUCCCGGAUUUGAUGAUGUGUUUGCCAGAGAUCCGCUACAUUGCAGGAAAAAUGGUGAAUGUCCCUCUGGAGCAGCUGCCUCUCCUUUUUAAGGCCGUUCUACAUUCCUGCAAGACGAGUGUGAGCAAAGAGUGAGCGCAGCCGGCCCGGCCGGUGCCUUGCGCGGAGCCUGGGGCUGGCUCACCCGGACAGGGGCAGGGGCCAUCCAGGCAGGAGACAGGGCACUGCGCCUCCCUGCCCUCGUAGCAAGAAUCUUUUUUGUUUGUUUUUGUUUUUUUACUCGUUUUCCUAUAUAUUUAUUUCACGACAGAGUUGAAUGUAUGAUCUUCAACACGAUGCACAUGGUUCUGUAAGAAUGCAGCAGAUGCAUUCUCCAGCAGUUUACAGAAUGUGAAGAUGUUUAAUGUUACAGUGUUUGUUAGGGUUAGUUCUUUUGUAUUUGGGGCUGGGGACCGAGAUGACUAAGACUACCUCAAGGAGAAGAUGCUGUUCAUGCACUGCUCUUUCCAUGAUUUGCAUCCAAAGCAUUUGUCACAGAGAGCAAAUGUUGGCAGAGCUGUUAUUAUCCCAAAGGGACGACUUUGGAGAAGUGGGUGCUAGAGAAGUGCCAAGCUUUUUCUGUAAUUUUAAAAAGGCAGGAGUGGAGACGGAGAAGUCUGUCCAGGCAGCUGGUUUCUUUUCCCCUGGCAGUUUUCAGAUGCAGGUUUCCAGUGGGAUGGCAGUGCUCUGAGGGGCUCCCUGGCCCUGUCCUGUCUGGGGGGCUGCAGGGGGGGUCUGUCCCAGCCCCUCCUGACCAGCUGCCCUCUUACUAUUGCCACAACACCUGCCAAUUCCUCUGAAUUUGUGUUCCUGCAGUUCAGGACAGGCUCCUGGCAUUGCACAAAGGUGCUUCUGUUGCUAGAGGAUGGCAAGGACUUUAUCAUCACUUCCUUAAAAUCCAUCUAAGUUUACAAAAGCAGGAAAAGCCUACUUAGAGAAGAGGCAGGAUUGCCCGUGUUCCUCCAACAUGGUACCUGACUUCUGAGGCUUCUGCAUUGCAGCAAUCCCCAUUUUGGGAGCAGUUAAAUGGGGCCUAUGUAGUGGGGUGAGGGACUCCAGUGUCCUCUGGCAUGGCUUUCUCUGCUGGACUCAGGGAAUGGAUGUUCCAUAGAUAGAUCCUGCCAGGACUGUUCUGUUCCUUAUGGAAUCCCAGGAAAAACUACAUUACUGCUGUACUUGGUUACCUGUCAUGUUCUAGGUGUUGCCAGGCUUGGAUUUUCCAUCUCACAGGCUCUCCACAGCUCCAGAUGGAGAACUGGUUUAAUGACAGCUGAUUAGCUGAUUGAGUGAUUGGUUGGUGCUGAUGUUUAGCUAAACUUGGGCAUUCUCAUGAGUGAUCUCAUGAUUUCCUGCUCAUGAUGGGGAGGUUUGGAUGAGAUGCUCUUGAUCUCAUCUCCUUCAUUAGGAAUUAAUAUUCAAAGACUCUGUCACUCUCCUAGACAGCCUUGGCUGGAUUUCCUUCCCUGCCUCCUUAGAUGUAAAUCUGGCAUUCACUUAGCAAGGUGGCUCCCCGAUAAGUGUUUGAAUGCUGAUUUUAAAAUACUUGUAGGAACAACUUUUGUUCCCUCAGGGCAGGAGGGACGAGUCACUACCUUGUCUUUCCCUGGUGGCAGCUGCGUGGCACAGAGCAAGCACAGCUCACAGGGCUGCAGCUGCUGUGCAUGAAUGUGAUGGUGAGCAGGAGGAGAAUCCCAUUCCCCAAAGUCGUCC